AUAUAGUUGAGAUAAAGCUGUAAUUUCAAAGCUCAUCGAGUUUCCUCCGAUCCAUAAAUGCUGAAUCUUCCUUUCGAUUCCCGAAAGACCCAGUAAGGAAAUCACAGGGAUUUGAAACCCGAAUAAAGAGAUGAGCAAUCACGAAUUUCGCUUCUUUUUGGCUUGCGACAUCAAUGUUCCGGUCACCUUCCGAGUCGAGAGACUAGAAGGCAACUUUCCCUCUUCAAAGACACUCAAUUCAGGGGAAGCUGAUUUAUCUACUGAUGAAACAAGACCGGAACUGUUUGUUGAAUCCACUUUGUACAUUGAUGGUGCUCCUUUUGGGCUACCAACCAGGACAAGGUUAGAAACUACAGGGGCAACAUAUUGCUGGAAUGAACUCAUUACAUUGAGUACAAAAUAUCGUGACCUAACUGCAAAUUCACAACUUGCAUUUACGGUUUGGGAUGUUUCACAUGGAAAGAGUGAGAGCAUUGUUGGUGGGGCGACUGUUAGUCUAUUCAAUCGUAAAAAUCAGUUGAAAACAGGAAGGUACAAGCUUAGACUUUGGCCUUGCAAAGAAGCUGAUGGAUCCAUGAAUACAACUACACCUGGAAAGGUCCCUAAGGAAGAACGUGGGGAAUUGGAGCGUUUAGAAAAGCUUGUAAAUAAGUAUGAAAGGGGGCAGAUACAGAGAGUUGAUUGGCUGGAUCGCCUUGCAUUUAAGACUAUGGAUAAAAUCAAAGAACGUGAAAGUGGUAAAGGAAGCUGUAUGUAUCUUGUGGUUGAAUUUUGCAGUUUUGAGCAUCGAAUUGUCUUUCAGGAGUCGGGAGCAAAUGUCCUUAUACCUUCCCCUAUAACUUCAAGCAAUGAACUGGUUACAGUUUGGGAUCCUGAAGUAGGAAAGAUUAAUCCUUCUGAACACAAGCAGCUGAAGCUAGCUAGAAGUUUGACCCGAGGAAUCAUUGACAGGGACCUGAAACCAAGUUCCAGUGAGAGAAAGUCGAUACAGAGAAUACUUAAGUAUCCACCCACAAGGUUUUUUAGUGGUGAGGAAAGGCAACUUCUUUGGAAAUUUCGUUUUUCCUUGAUGACAGAGAAGAAGGCUCUAACAAAGUUCCUUCGUUGUGUGGAAUGGAGUGAUGUUCAGGAAGCUAAACAAGCAACAGAAUUGAUGGGUAGAUGGGAAACAAUUGAUGUAUGUGAUGCCCUGGAGCUUCUCUCACCACUUUUCGAGAGUGAAGAGGUACGUGCGUAUGCUGUCACUGUUCUUGAACGAGCUGAAGAUGAAGAGCUUCAAUGUUACCUUCUUCAGCUAGUUCAAGCUCUUCGGUUUGAGCGAUCUGACAAGUCUCGCCUUUCUCAUUUCCUGGUACAAAGAUCUCUCCGCAAUACUGAAUUGGCUAGCUUUCUCAGAUGGUAUGUCGCAGUUGAACUUCAUGAUCCAGCAUAUGCAAAACGCUUCUAUUCUACCUAUGAGAUGUUGGAAGAAAACAUGAUCAAGUCAGGCAAUGGGAUUCAUGAUGAUGAGAAUGGGUAUAAGCUGUGGCAAAGUUUGGUGCGUCAGACAGAACUAACAGCUCAAUUAUGUUCUAUAUCACGAGAUGUACGAAAUGUUCGGGGUGGAACUCAAAAGAAGAUUGAAAAACUUAGGCAGCUUCUUUCUGGGCUGCUUAGUGAGCUUACCUACUUUGAGGAGCCAAUCCGCUCACCUCUAGCACCAAGUAUUCUCAUAACAGGAAUUGUUCCAUCAGAGUCGUCAAUGUUUAAAAGUGCAUUGCAUCCUUUACGCCUUACUUUUCGAACAGCCAUUGGUGGAAGUUGCAAAAUCAUAUUCAAGAAGGGAGAUGACCUCCGACAAGAUCAAUUGGUUAUUCAAAUGGUAUCACUCAUGGAUCGCUUACUCAAACUAGAGAAUCUUGAUUUGCACUUGACCCCAUACAGAGUGCUAGCAACUGGACAUGAUGAAGGGAUGCUGGAAUUCAUACCGUCUAGCACUUUAGCUCAGAUUCUGUCGGAGCACCGUAGUAUCAUAAGCUAUCUUCAAAAAUUUCACGCAGAUCCAGAUGGACCAUUUGGGAUAACAGCCACUUGUCUUGAAACAUUUAUAAAAAGCUGUGCAGGAUAUUCAGUGAUCACAUACAUAUUGGGUGUUGGAGACAGGCAUCUAGACAAUCUUCUCCUUAGAGAUGAUGGACGUCUUUUUCAUGUUGAUUUUGCAUUCAUUUUGGGUCGAGAUCCGAAGCCAUUUCCACCACCAAUGAAGCUUUGCAAAGAAAUGGUCGAGGCCAUGGGUGGGGCCGAAAGCCAAUAUUAUACUAGAUUCAAGUCGUACUGCUGUGAAGCAUACAAUAUCCUGCGGAAAUCAAGUAACCUAAUUCUGAAUCUGUUCCAUCUUAUGGCGGGUUCUAAUAUUCCAGACAUAGCUUCUGAUCCUGAGAAAGGCAUUCUUAAGCUGCAAGAGAAGUUCCGAUUAGAUCUGGAUGAUGAGGAGUGCAUACAUUUCUUCCAAGAUCUCAUCAAUGAAAGUGUUAGCGCUCUGUUUCCUCAAAUGGUUGAGACGAUACAUAGAUGGGCUCAAUACUGGCGUUGAUACGGAAAAGGUAAACAAUUUAUGCUUGAACCAGUUUAAUUAUUUGUGUAUAUAUAUAUAUUUUCACUACUGAUUUAGUUAUUUUUAGGUUGAUUAUGAUGUAAUUAGUUUACUUGAUCAAAAGAACAUUCUUCCUUGUUACACACACCUUUACCUCUUACUAUUCCA